UCUUACCAGCUGUGUUGACUAUGCGUUGCAGUCUCUUCCUGCUGUGUGCAGUGCAGCUACUGCCCCACACAGUGAUGCAGCUGGACAGGAUGCUUUCAAUGGUGCCCCGGUAGAAUGUUUUCAGGAUGGGUAUGGGAGCUCUCGCUUUCUUGAGUUUGCGGAGGAAGUAGAGGCGUCGCUGGGCUUUCUUCACCAGUGAGAAUGUAUAUAUAUAGAAUGUAUAUAUACAUUUAGUUUGUAUAUAUACAUUCUCAUUGUUCUCAUUUACAUAUAAGAGCAACUAGAUCAGAUGUGGAGAGUGAAAUCCAAGUGAUCACUGUGCUGGAGUUUCAACAUGAUAUCUCAAGUCACAUUCCUCAGACACUUUAUUAGGCACAUCUGUUCAAAUGCUUAUUAACACAAAUAGCUAAUCAGCCAAUCACAAUGCAGGAACUCAAAACAUUUAGGCAUUUCGACGUGGUGAAGACGACCUGCUAAAGUUCAAACCGAGCAUCAGAAUGGGGAAGAAAGGGGAUUAAAGUGAACGUGGCAUGGUUGUUGGUGCUUGGUCUGAGUAUUUCAAAAACUGCUGGUCUACUGGGAUUUUUACGCACAACCAUCUCUAGGGAUACAGAGAAUGGUCCGAAAAAGAGAAAAUAUCCAGUGAGCGGCAGUUGUGUGGACGAAAAUGUCUUGUGGUGUCAGAGGUCAGAGGAGAAGGGGCAGAGUGGUUUGAGAUGAUAGAAAUGCAACAGUCACUCAAAUAACCACUCAUUACAACCAAGGUAUCCAGAAUACCAUCUCUGAACCCACAACAUGUGGAACCUUGAAGCAGAUGGACCACACCGGGUUGCCUGGUCUGAUGAGUCUCGAUUGCAGCUGCGACAUUCAAAUGGUAGGUCAGAAUUUGGCAUAAACAACACGAAAGCAUGGAUCCAUCCUGCCUUGUAUCUACGGUUCAGGCUGGCGGUGGUGGUGUAAUGGUGUAGGGGAAAUUUUCCCAACAUACUUUGGGCCCCUUAUUUCCAACUGAGCAAGGUGUACCAAAUAAAGUGCCCAGUGAGUGUAUAUCAGAGCUGUCAAAAUUAAUGCGUUCACGCGGGAUGAUUAAUUUGUGGAAUUAACCUGUUAAGUAUUUUAACGCACCCGCAGAAUGAGACGCUCCAUGUCCAACUGGUCAAAAUGUGAAGAAAUCCUCAAAAGACAGACUUGAGACAUCAUGUUGAAGAGGCUAGAAAUAAGUUGUGUGACCUUGACCUUUGACCUUUGACCACCUGAAUCUAAUGAGUUCCUCUGUCAGUCUAAAUGAACGCUUGAAACAAAUCUGAAAGGAUUCUCUUGAGGAGUUUUUAACAUGUUCAUGAUACAAAAAGGGGAUUUACCAGGGUGAGGGUCACAUGAUCACGUUUUGUAUGAAUGUUGUGUUUGCUGAUUUUAUUCUAACAGAUAUUUUCUUUAAUUACAGACUCUGUAGUUGUGGACUCUCAUGGGCUCACUGGGAAGUUGUGGCUUCAGCUAUGAGGUCAGACCCCUCACAUCUGAGAGAACUGGAUCUGAGCGAAAACUACCUGAAGGAUUCAGAAGUGAAGCUGCUGUGUUCGGGACUGGAGAGUCCAAACUGUCGACUGGAGACUCUGAGGUUGAAAAGCUGCAGUCUGUCAGCGAUCAACUGUUCUUCUCUGGCUUCAGCUCUGAGGUCAAACCCCUCUCAUCUGAGAGAACUGGAUCUGAGUGACAACAACCUGCAGGACUCAGGAGUGAAGGAGCUGCUUGAUCUAAAGCAGAGUCCAACCUGUCGACUGGAGACUCUGAGGUGGUGAUCUUUGUUGAACUGAGUGUGAAGAGGACAGUGUGUGUGGACGGAGGCUGAGCUGUGUCCUGAGGAUCCAGAGGCUGAAGCAGCAGCAGCUUGUGUGUAGAGCGGCUCUGACUGGGCCUUGUUGCUGGGAGGUAGAGUGGAGACAGAGCUCCAGAGGAAUCAGAGGAGGUGAGCUGCUCUGAGAUCAGCUGUCACACAGUGUCCAGUCCACCAUCCUCCCUGUGUGUUCCUGUGGAUGUGACACAGCAUCAUCAGUGGAUCUGCUGCUGCUCUGUCCUUUGACUCAGUUUCUGCAGACACACUCUCGCUCCUCCACUCUUUUAUUUAUUCACAUAUUCUGAACACAAACACAUUCAGCAGAUUUUUUUUGUUAACGACGACAUAACUGCAGAUCAACACUUUUCUAAGUCUGUAUUGAGUGAAUUUGCAGCAUCUUUUUUGAUCUCUUGGAGCCCCGGUGCGCUGGCCACACACACACACACACACACACACACCCACGCCCGCUCCUGGUAAUUCAUGAGGGCCUGAUACGAUGAUGAUUUAAAAAAUGAACGUGACGUUUAAUCACGUUCACGUUAAUAAUAUGAAAACUGAUUCGUUAAGUUGAGCGUUCGCGAAACAUAUGCACAACACUGUACAGUACAGCCGCUUCACAGGGACUGAAGAGCCGCGUUCGGCUCCAGAGCCGCGGGUUGCCGACCCCUGUGCGGAACCGAAAUUGUAUGGUGUAUUGGACGUUUUAGUGUCUCCUGUGGCAGCGGUGUCCAUCCCUUUUAGCUGUCCUCUGGAAACACUUCUUCACUGAUGAAGAUGUUUUCUUACUUUGCUUGUGUUUUGUCAACUUGCAUGUGUUUUCUUAAGUUGCUGUUCGUUGAGCUCUCAGGGCCACCGUACUUUCCUCCGUUCACGAUCUUUACCGCUUGUCCUCUUGAGGGCAGCAGGGGGAGCUGGAGUCGUCCCAGCUGACAUUGGGUGGGAGGUGUGGUGCGCCUUGGACAGGUCACCACUCCGUCACAGGGCUGACAAACAACCAUUCACACUCACAUUAACACCCUCACAGCCCAAAAGUCUUGCCCCUCGCUGCCAAUAAUGUUUAUUCACAUGAAGAAUGUGUUCAUUGAAAUGACACAACACCAACAGAAUAUAUAAACCCCCUGUAAAGGGUCACAUAUAGUGUAUUUAACUUUGCGUUUAUUAUUUUCCACCUUUGUCCCUCAAUAUGUCUCCAUGUGUGUAUAACCACAUUCUGUGUAUCUGUUUGUUUAUGAUCUUAAAGUUCCUGGAUUCACGUCACAAAUUGAUUUAGUUCAACACAAAGUUAAUCACAUUUAAAUCACUUUGAGUUUAAAAUCAGAGUUUUGUCUUUGACACAAAAGAUCAAAACUCUGGACAUAAAAAUGGGACGUUUUCAUUUCUGCAUCAGGUGCUGAGGAAUGGUUGCUUUUCUACUUUUUGACCCACAGGUGGCGCUGCAGUAUAACAGCAGCACAUCCCAGUCAAAGCCUUUAUAUUCAGUGUAUGAGUCAAACACAUGGAUCAUUUCCUCUGUGACAAACCAGAUGUAACGAGAAGAAAAACAUCUCAGAGAGAAAAGUUCUGUUUCUACUUGUUUCUGCUUUAAUGCUCAAUAAACAUCCUUCC